UGUACCGUAGCACACAUAACAUAGCAUACCCAUAGCAGGCAUAUCGACUCGGCUCAACUCCAUCCCACCUGAAGCUGCCACUGCAACUCCGACUCCAGGCAAAAGUCGACUUCCGGCUCUCCUUCUCACCCUCCACCGACGCGCGCCCCCGUUUGCUUGCUCGGUCGCGAACACCUGAACAGCCUCGACGACACAAUUACUACCGCCCGGCAAGCUGUCCUAUACAUACAACCGUUGCAUCCAGCGUCACCACCCGGCUUGCGGAGCCACAAGACGCGCCCAAAGUCAUGAUGAAUUUCGAUUCUGGACUUGGCACCGCGUAUGCCGAGUCAGACGCCGACGACGAAUACGAGAGAAGCUUGCACUCGAGAUCUCCUAUACUCGCGACCGACUCGGAAUUAUCUCCAACCGACUCUGAGGGCCGCUCGUCCACCGAACACACCCCUACCACAUAUGGCCACCGCAGUAGUGCUGACAGACUACCCGAGACCAUCAUCUCGGAGUGGACUGCCGACGAGUGUGCCGAUUUCAUUGCGACCAUAGGCCUACAGCAAUACUCGGACCGUUUUAUAGAAAACGAGAUCGUCGGAGAAGCCUUGAUAGCUCUUCUGCAUGAUGACCUCAAGUCCAUGAGCAUUGCUAGUGUCGGCCAUCGGCUGACCAUUCUCAAGAGCGUCUAUGAUGUCAAGAAAGCUCAGGAUGUCCCCAUAGACAGCGACCACUAUGUCCCGCCAUCCGCCGAAGCCGAAGCCCAGAAUGCCACGGCUACACUGAAGGAUAUCAAGCACCUCGUGGAACAACUGCGUCUUCGCGAUGAGCGAAUGAGUCUGGUCGAGCAAGACCUGCAACGGCUUACUGAAGACUAUAGACGAUUGCGCGAGGAUAUGUUACCAGCUUUGCGCCUAGCUAAGAACGCGCAGCAGCCUCUGCCGAACCUGUCUGGCAGGGACAACCAGGGCUACGCAUAUGAGUCGUCUACCAUAUCGCCUCCAGCGCCCACGCCGUCGUCGUUACAAUCUGGAGGAGGCCUGAACAGGCAGUACUCUACAAAAAGAAUUGUUCUGGGUACGACUCCCAAAAACAUGUCUCCCAGUCAUUUGCAAGUCACUCAUGAGCGCCCGUCGGUAGAACAAACUCUGGACCCGGCAAGCGCCGCCGAGAGGGCUGUUCUCUCCUCGUCGCAUCUUGCGGCGAUGAAUGGCAAUGCUACUGCUACCUCGCCUGGCUACUCACCAAACAUGCCAUCACCUACCUCCCCUCCGACAUUGGGCAGCGCUACUCUCGCUUCGAGAUCAUAUCGGUCCGACCAACCGACGCCCUCAACUCGCACCACCUUCUCUGAAAACGAUCACUACGGCUCCAAACAACCUGCGCCUCCCCGGCGACUGCAAACCCCCGCUCCUGACACGCCUGGCUCGAGUUCGGCUUCUGUGGAGAUUUUCAAGUCCUUCAGAGUCAGCAUGGACGACCCUUGUUACAAAGUUCUGCCCGCGGCUCUCAAAAAGUACAACAUCAACGAACCAUGGGACAAGUACGCGCUCUACAUUGUCUAUGGCGAUCAAGAACGGUGCCUUGGCCUUGACGAGAAGCCACUUAUCCUCUUCAAGCAACUCGACAAGGAGGGGAAGAAACCUAUGUUCAUGCUACGGAAAACCAACACUGCGCCAGUCGAUGUGGAAGCGCCUGGGAGUGCUGGUCUUGGUUCUGGAAGAGCGCCCACAUACGAUCCACCAGGUGGCAUUAUAUGACGCAGUUGAAACCUCUAAUAUCAUUGUUUCAAGCUCAACUCUUCAACUUCGCUAUUCUCAUGCCUUGCCCUGGGGUUUGAUAUAAAUUACCUGCACAGGGAGCGUGGGGG